UUAACGAGAGGGAGAAGAGGCGAAGAAGAAGGUAGUGGUUGAGGUUGUGCAAAAUCUAAUAAUGGCAGAACCAGAAAACGAUCUUCAAACCUCGCCUGUGGAUGAAAGCAAGAACAACAAUAGUAAGAAGAAGAAGCGCGACAAAAAAAGACCUCGGAAUAUUGUUACCGAGGAGCGUUCAGAAGAAGAGGAAAAUGAGAAUAAUAUGGACGGAGAAUCCGAGAAGAAGAAGAAGAAAAAGGAGAAGAAGGUGGAAGAAGAGAGAAAGGUGAAGAACAACGGUGGUUCUGGAAUUAUGAGUACCGAGUCUUUUGACUCUCUGGGAUUGUCUGAACCUACUUAUAAGGCAAUUAUGGAUAUGGGAUUCCACAACAUGACUCAGAUUCAAGCGAGAGGAAUUCCACCACUUUUGACUGGAAAAGAUGUUCUUGGUGCUGCAAGGACUGGUUCUGGAAAAACUCUUGCCUUUUUAAUUCCUGCUGUGGAGCUGUUGUACAAUGUUAAAUUUACAUCACGUAAUGGUGCUGGUGUUGUUGUCAUAUGCCCAACUAGAGAGCUUGCAAUGCAGACUCAUGCUGUUGCCAAGGAGCUUCUCAAGUAUCAUUCACAAACUCUUGGAUUGGUUAUUGGAGGUUCGGCUAGAAAAGUUGAAGCUGAACGCAUCAAGAAAGGGAUAAAUCUAUUGGUAGCUACUCCUGGUCGUCUUCUAGAUCAUCUUCAAAAUACAAAGGGAUUCAUAUAUAAGAACUUGAAGUGCCUCAUGAUUGAUGAAGCUGACAGGAUAUUGGAAGCAAACUUUGAGGAGGAAAUGAAGCAGAUUAUUAAGAUCCUUCCAAAGAGUAGGCAAACAGCUUUAUUUUCAGCUACGCAAACAAAGAAGGUUGAGGAUCUUGCCCGCUUGUCAUUUCAGACAACGCCUAUCUAUAUUGAUGUAGAUGAUGGGAGAACCAAGGUCACAAAUGAAGGAUUGCUGCAGGGUUAUGUUGUUGUUCCCUGUGCCAAGCGAUUUGUUGUUCUCUAUUCCUUCCUGAAGAGACAUCAGUCAAAAAAAGUGAUGGUCUUUUUCUCUUCAUGCAACUCUGUCAAAUUCCAUGCAGACAUUCUUAAUCUCAUUCAUUUGGAUUGCUCAAGUAUUCAUGGAAAACAAAAGCAGCAGACCCGGACAACUACCUUCUUUGACUUCUGCAAAGCAGAAAAGGGGAUCUUGCUCUGUACUGAUGUUGCUGCUCGUGGACUUGACAUACCUUCUGUGGACUGGAUUGUGCAGUAUGAUCCACCCGAUGAACCAAAGGAAUAUAUCCAUAGGGUUGGUAGAACAGCUCGUGGGGAAGGUGGAAAAGGAAAUGCUUUGCUUUUCUUGAUUCCUGAAGAAUUGCAAUUUCUUCGUUAUCUGAAGGCUGCUAAGGUCCCCGUGAAAGAGUAUGCAUAUGAUGAAAAGAAGGUGGUAAAUGUACAGUCUCACCUGGAGAAUUUGGUUGUCAACAAUUUUUUUUUGAACAAGAUGGCUAAAGAAGCUUAUAGAUCUUAUAUAUUAGCAUACAAUUCACAUUCCAUGAAGGAUAUAUUCAGUGUUCACCGCCUUGAUUUGCAGGCAGUUGCUGCUUCAUUCUGUUUUUCAAACCCACCGAAUGUGAGUGUGAAUAUAAACAGCAGUAAGCAAAGGAAGAAAAUGCAAAUGCGUAAAGUUGAUGGAAGUAGACAUGGAUUCAGCGAAAGCAAUCCUUAUGCAAAGGGUAAUGCUGGCGAUAAGCGACAGUUUGUGAGAUAUUAGCAUAGCACUAGACAUGCUACGGCUUUGUACAGUGGGUGUUAUAUCUUUCUCACCCACAAAAAAGUUUUGGUAGUCCCCCAAUUUUAUAGUCAGAAAUUUUGUAACAUAGUUAAGUUAUUAUUCAAGCGAUCAGAAUUUUUUAUUCAACUAGAAAUGUGUCUACGCAUUCUUGAACUGUGUUAUUUAUUUUAUUUAUUUUUAUAUAAAUGGAGUGCCUGACCCAGAAAAACUACACAGAC